AUGGCCUUCUUGGAGGACCCGCGGCUGCGCCAGCGAUGGAAUCAAAUCUCCCACAACGCCGGAGAGGUGACGGAGAAUGCGGCCGCUGGAAUCUGGAGCUUCCAGCAUCACUACAUCAAUCCAUGUCUAGCCUCCCUCGCCACCUCACUGGAGCAAUGCGCCAAUCCCUGUCUCGGCGACCGCGAAGAGCGGGCUAGGAGGAAACGGGAACGAGAUCGCGCGGGCGGUCGGGCGGAAUACAGCUUCGACUUUUACGACGACUGGUAUGCCGAGGACCAGGACGGCGGAUUCCUGGGCGGCUGGGGCAACGACGACUGGGAUCGUCUUCUCGCAGGCACGGGGUCUCAGCCGCGAAAGAACACGGGCGAGGUGCAGGAUCAGCCCAAGAGAAAACGCGGAAUGAGCUACGGCACACGAGGCAGAGGAAGCAAGGCGUUGGAAUCCGACCCGACCGUCAUCCCUAGCACGCAGCCGAUAGGGUUCCUGGGCAAGCUGCCGUGGAAGCUGGGUAAGACGCUUCGCUACAAGCCAAGCGCGGCGGACUUGCAAGAUCACCCGCGGCAGCACGACGAGGUGGGCAUGGGCGAGACGGAACCUCUCCUCGCAAACGACUCGGACGACGACGUUUUCCAGAGCCGGACCGCCAAGACUAGAAAUCGCAGCGGGACUACGGGGUCAGGGGUCUCGUCAGACUCGUACCGGUCUCGGGGUGAUUUGUUCCCCAGCGACGGCGAAGGCGAGGAAGAUGCCGUGCCGCUAGACGACGAGUUUAUGGUCCUGGAUAAGGUCCGAGACGACCGCAGCAGUAGCAGGACAAAGGGCAGCAAGGGCAAACGGCGGGCCGACGGACGGCCAAUGUCUCGAACGGUGUCGAGAGCGACGAUUGACUCGAGCCAUUCCAUGCUCAGUCCGAGCGUGAGGAGGAGCUCGACAAGUGGACCCACGACACCGGAUACACCAGUGGCGCCCUCAAUGGAGGCCUCGAUGCAGGAGCUGCAGAUGGAAGAAGAGCGCAUCCGGAGAGAGGAAGACGACGAGGUGGAACGCAAGCGACAGGCGGCGCUGCAGCUUGCAUCAGAACGGGGCCUGCAUGACGCCGGCUCCGAGGGGCCAACGUCCGAGGGGAAGUCGGACGCCAAAGUCGAUGAGGUGGGAGACAUGUCAGACGCCCCGACCCACAGAUCGCCGCCAUUAUCUACGCACGGCGACGACGCGCCGCUCAUUCGGUCCACUACGCAAGAGCAGUACAUACGGACCGAGGAAUUCGUCCCGGCACGUCUACCGAGCUUCCGAUAG